AGAGUUUCAGUUCGCGCUGAGCAUUCGAGGCAGACGGUUCGUUCGGCACGUUGCGUUAAGAUCGAGAUUUCAUCCGAUUUGUGUGUGCGUUAUGCGCCUCUGUAUUAUUGGCAUUGGCAUCUGUUGGAUUGCUCUGUAAAUUGGCCAUGUGAGAGGGCGAAGCAUCUUACGCUACGAAACUUGUCUCCAUGCCCUCGCUUCGUUCAAUUUAAGCAUGCAAUUGUGACUCAUUUGCAAAACGCAAAGAAAAAUAAAUAAAAUUUAAGAGAGAAAUACGUCCAAAAACUUGAAGCGUCGAGCGUUUAAGCAAUAUUUCACACCAGAGCCAAAAUGGGCUUCUCCACGGCCCUGCAGGGCCGCGCCGCUCACGAGGCGCUAAUCGUGCGCCAAGACGCGGAGCUGCGUCUCAUGGAGACAAUGAAACGAUCCAUCCAAAUGAAGGCCAAAUGCGACAAGGAGUACGCAAUCGGCUUGAUAGCCGUCGCUCAACAGGGUCUCAAAAUUGAUCGGGCUGAUGAAAUGCAAGGCAGCCUUAUCACAAAAUCCUGGCGAUCCUAUAUGGAUGAACUGGAUCAGCAGGCCAAGCAGUUCAAAUUGAAUGCCGAACAGCUGGAGGUGAUCUGCGAUAAGCUCGCUCACCUCUCGCAGGACAAACGGAAGGCGCGCAAAGCCUACCAGGAGGAGCAUGCCAAAAUAGCAGCACGCCUUAAUCAUCUCACAGACGAAGUUGUGCGCAAGAAGAGCGAAUACCAAAAACAUUUGGAGGGCUACAAGGCGUUACGCACGCGCUUUGAAGAGCACUACAUAAAAGCACCGGGUCGAAGUGGUCGCAAACUGGACGAUGUGCGGGACAAAUAUCAAAAGGCCUGCCGUAAACUCCAUCUUACCCACAACGAAUACGUGCUCUCCAUCACAGAGGCCGUCGAGGUUGAGAAAGACUUCCGCACAGUGCUGCUGCCGGGUCUGCUCGAGCAUCAACAGUCUGUGCAGGAGAGCUUCAUACUUCUCUGGCGCAACAUUCUCUUGGAAGCGGUUCAGUACAGCGAUUUGACAGCCGACAAAUUCAAAGAGAUACAGAAACGCAUCGACACUGAGAUAAGCGGCAUAAAUCCAACGGAAGAGUAUUCAGAGUUUACAGAGAAACACAAAACUUCGCCCACCACGCCGCUGCUCUUUCAAUUCGAUGAGACACUCAUCGAGGACAUACCGGGCAAGCUGACUGCGAGCACCCUGACCGUUGACAACCUGACCGUGGAUUGGCUGCGCACGCGGCAGCUGGAGCUGGAGGCGGCCGUUAAGGAUUGCCAGGAGAGACAACUGAAGAUAAUUGAGCAUGUGAAUGGUGGCUCGCCUGUGGCCAAUGGCAGCAUCAUCUCCAAUGGCAGCAGUGCAUCUAACGGCAUACAGUCCAACAAAGAUAGUCAAAUUCGCCAAUCGAAGGACCUCAAUGCGCUGCGCUGCCAAGAGAAGCAAAAGCAGAAGCUCGUCGACAUGAUCAAGUGUGCACUGAACGAGGUGGGCUGCGAGGAGCUGCCCUCCGGCUGCGACGAUCAUCUGUCGCUGGAACAGAACUUCAUCGAGCACGGCUUUAACAACGAGCAGCAGCGCUCCAACUCCACUAGCUCUCCAGGUCUGGGUAUUAUGAAUGAGCUGAUGCGCCGUGGUGGUGUUCUGACGCUCCUGCGUGGCCGCGGUCGUCACUUCAAGCGCAAGUCAACGCCGCAGCCAACCACGCCCAUGGCCAGAGCGCGUCCAGGUAGAUUCUCGAAGAUGCAGCCUCGCUCGCAGAGCCUGGGAUCGCUGUCGGUAAUUACGGAUACGCGUAGUCCUGCACGUUACGAGCCAGUUACUAACCCAAUGCGUCUGGCGGCCAGCGUCCACUAUCUCGGCGAGGAGAUUGUGCUGAGCGCUCAGCCGCCGGCGUUGCCGCGUUUGCGGCGCACGCAGUGUUCGAUGUUGUGUUUGGGCGAGGAUGACCCAUCAGUUGAUCCUUUGCAGUUGCCGUUGCCGCUCCCGGUGGCCUUGCCCGCGCCCCCAUCCUCGCCCCUAACCGCCACUGCCAUUACUAAUACUAACAACAAUCACAUUUAUGCGGAUCUGGAGCUGGCCAACAAGCCCGCCACUGCUGAAGAAGAAACAGAUGCGAAUACGGAUGUGGAUGCGAAUGCGAAUGCGGAUGCGAAUGCGGAUGUUGACAGCGUUGCCAGUGAAAAUGAGUUGCAAGUCAGCUGCCAUCAGAUUCAGAUUGAAAUCAAUCGCAUCGAGUCGGACGACUCGCAGGCAGUGCCCCAAAGCUCCAUCGAUGCACAUCUAGACCGAAUCGAUGAAUUAAAUCGUGUGCUCGAUGAUCGGCUAAAGCGCAGCUUACAGCCUAUGAGCCCUACGGAUGUGAAUGCCAUCGAGAGCGCCGAUGAUGUGAAUGUACAAAGGCGCCAGGCAGAACUAGAUGCCGAUAGCCAGGCCAAGCGCUGUUCCAGCUCAAGCUCCGAGUGCCGCUCCUCGCUGCAGGGCGCCAAAGAUGCCGCCCAACACAAGAAGCGAUCACUGUCCUUCACGCAAAAGUCGAUUAGUAACAUAAUCAGCAAUAUCAGAGAGUUCUCCAAGAGCCCCUUGGCACGUAUGGGCAAAAGUGCGACGCUCAGCGAGGAGCCCGACCCAAUGAAGUUGGCCAACGAGCCGAGCCAACUCUCCAACAGCAGUGAAUCACACACGCAACACAGUAACAGCAACAGUUACACAAACAGUAACAGUAACAGCAACACUAACAGCAACAGUGUUCACAACAACAACAACAACAAUGCCCAUCCGUGCCCGCCAACAAGUAUCGCCAGCUCCAUGGCGACGACAUUGACAACGACAAGCACAUCCACAUCCACAUCCACAUCGACAACGAUGCCGUCCAAGGAAACCUCAAGACUGAAAUUUAAAGUGCCAAAGAUACAAAAGAAAUCGAAAGCCAUCCGCAAUACAUUCCGUACCAAGUUGCUCAGCUUCCAACUGAGCCGGUCCAAGCCGUGCAAGCAGUGCACCAAACGACGUCGGAUUCAUCCCAGCAAGAGUGUAUUGGACUUUGCCAAGGAGUUCGAGACAAAUCCCCAAGAGCAGGCCGAGCAGGAUCAGUUCUGUAGCUGCCCAAAGGCGAAACCAAAGCCGCUGCGAAUGUCCUGCCCAAAGGAUCGCUCCUUCGAGAUACAGAGCUCCGAGGAGCUGGACGACGUGGAUGACGACGGCAACGAGGACAGCAGCAGCGACGACGUGCUCAGCCUUAAGGAGCACUGCUACUGUGUGCCCAGCUUGGCAGCGAGUCUCUCGCUAUCCACGAAUCGUCCCCUGUACGAGGAGGAGUGGUUCCAUGGCGUCCUGCCCCGCGAAGAGGUCGUCCGCUUGCUGAACAACGAUGGCGACUUCCUCGUGCGCGAAACGAUUCGCAACGAAGAGAGCCAAAUCGUAUUGAGCGUCUGCUGGAACGGACAUAAGCAUUUCAUCGUGCAGACGACUGGCGACGGUCACUUCCGGUUCGAGGGCCCGCCCUUCCCCAGCAUACAAGAGCUCAUCAUGCAUCAGUAUCACUCAGAGCUGCCGGUGACCGUCAAAUCAGGCGCGAUCCUGCGUCGACCUGUCUGCCGAGAGCGUUGGGAGCUGAGCAACGACGAUGUCGUGCUCCUGGAAAAGAUCGGCAGGGGCAACUUCGGCGAUGUUUAUAAGGCCAAGCUCAAGUCCACAAAACAGGAUGUGGCCGUUAAGACCUGCCGCAUGACUCUGCCCGACGAACAGAAACGUAAAUUUUUACAGGAGGGCCGCAUCCUGAAGCAAUAUGAUCAUCCCAACAUUGUCAAGCUGAUUGGCAUUUGCGUGCAAAAGCAGCCCAUUAUGAUUGUCAUGGAGCUGGUGCCGGGUGGCUCCUUGCUAAACUAUCUGCGUAAAAACUCAAAUUCGCUCACCACACGGCAACAGAUGGGCAUGUGUCGAGAUGCUGCUGCAGGCAUGCGAUAUCUGGAAUCUAAGAACUGUAUACAUCGUGAUCUCGCAGCUCGAAAUUGUCUUGUGGACUUUGAACAUAGCGUUAAAAUAUCAGAUUUUGGCAUGUCACGCGAAGAAGAAGAAUAUAUAGUUUCCGAUGGCAUGAAACAAAUACCAGUUAAAUGGACAGCGCCCGAAGCUCUUAAUUUUGGCAAAUACACAACUCUCUGCGAUGUUUGGUCGUACGGAAUUCUUAUGUGGGAGAUAUUCUCCAAGGGCGAUACUCCCUAUUCUGGAAUGAGCAAUUCGCGUGCUAGAGAACGUAUCGAUACAGGAUAUCGCAUGCCCACGCCUGAGAAUACGCCUCCCGAAAUGUACCGUCUGAUGCUGAAGUGCUGGGCGGCUGAUGUCGAUUCUCGUCCGCAUUUCGAUGAGAUCUACAACGUUGUCGAUGCGCUCAUACUGCGCCUGGACAACAGUCACUGAGCACCGUAGAUGGCCAAGUUCUGUGCGAAGCUGUAAUUAACAUAAUUAUUUUUAAUACACACUCAACGUAGUUCUGAGUAAGCGCUUUUAAAGUAUGUCAUUUCCUAGGA